CUUUGGCCAAUAGGGGAAGAAGAAGACGACAGGGAAGUUCUUUCUCCAAAAUGGCGGACUACGAUCUAACUACCAGGAUCGCUCACUUUUUAGACCGGCAUCUGGUCUUUCCCUUAUUGGAAUUUCUUUCUGUGAAAGAGAUUUACAAUGAGAAGGAACUACUCCAAGGGAAAUUGGACUUGCUUAGCGAAACCAACAUGGUGGAUUUCGCUAUGGAUGUGUACAAAAACCUGUUACCCGACAAAGAAAUUCCACCCGCGCUCAAGGAGAAGAGAACGACCGUUGUCGCUCAGUUAAAACAACUGCAGUCCGAGACGGAGCCCAUCGUUAAGAUGUUUGAGGACCCCGAGACCACCAGACAGAUGCAGUCAACACGAGAUGGGAGGAUGCUGUUUGACUAUUUGGCUGAGAAACACAGUUUCCGUCAGGAGUACCUGGACACUCUUUACCGCUAUGCUAAGUUUCAGUAUGAGUGUGGCAACUACUCAGGUGCUGCGGAAUACCUCUACUUCUUCCGAGUGUUGGUUCCCUCCACCGACAGGAACGCACUGAGCUCCCUGUGGGGGAAACUGGCCUCCGAGAUCCUGAUGCAGAACUGGGAGGCAGCCAUGGAGGACCUGACCCGCCUCAGGGAGACCAUCGACAACAACUCUGUCAGCUCUCCUCUCCAGUCUCUGCAGCAGAGGACCUGGCUGAUCCACUGGUCACUGUUUGUGUUCUUCAACCACCCCAAGGGUCGAGACAACAUCAUCGAGCUCUUCCUCUACCAGCCGCAGUACCUGAACGCGAUCCAGACCAUGUGCCCCCACAUCCUGCGUUACCUCACGACGGCCGUCAUCACCAACAAGGACGUGCGCAAGCGCCGGCAGGUGCUCAAGGACCUGGUGAAGGUGAUCCAGCAGGAGUCUUAUACUUACAAGGAUCCCAUCACAGAGUUUGUGGAGUGCCUGUAUGUGAACUUCGACUUCGACAGUGCUCAGAAGAAACUGCGGGAGUGUGAGGCUGUGUUGGUGAACGACUUCUUCCUGGUGGCCUGUUUGGAGGACUUCAUUGAGAACGCUCGUCUGUUCAUCUUCGAGACGUUCUGUCGCAUCCACCAGUGCAUCAGCAUCGGCAUGUUGGCUGACAAGCUGAACAUGUCCCCUGAGGAGGCUGAGCGAUGGAUCGUCAACCUCAUCCGCAACGCCCGGCUGGACGCCAAGAUCGACUCCAAACUGGGUCACGUUGUGAUGGGCAACAACGCAGUGUCUCCCUACCAGCAGGUGAUUGAGAAGACGAAGAGCCUGUCAUUCCGUAGCCAGAUGCUGGCCAUGAACAUUGAGAAGAAGAUCGCUCACAGCAACAGGACUGAGACACCCAACUGGGCGGGCGCAGAACCUGGCUUCUAGUGGAGGGUUGGAUAAUCAAUAAGUCUUUUUGUAACCCCCAAAUUAAAUGCAAAACACGACUUGGUAUUUAA